AACAUACAUCUUUGAACUAUGCAGGCCACUGCAGCAGUAGAAACAGAUUCUGAUAAAAACUACCACAAAAAUAGAGGACACUUCCAAAAUGACAAACUUUAUAAACCUAGGAAAGAAAAUAUGUUAUUUUCCAACGGUUACAACGAAGCUAAAUUGACCUUUCCUAAUGGUGAAGGGGACUCCUUGGCAACAGAAGAAAGAGCUAGUGACAAAGAGAACAGCAGAGUUAACCAGAGAGAUUUAUCAGAACUGUCAUUUUCAGAAAGUCAAGAUACUAACGGAGAGAAUAUUUUCUCCCAGUCAAGUGAGUUUGAAGACAGUUUUGACUAUGCUUUUUUGAAUGAGACUUAUUCUAUCCAUUAUUCAGAAUCAAAACUCAAGGAUGAAAAUCUUUUGCAUUUAUAUUCAGAAUUACAUCCUAAAGUACACAAAAGAGUAGAGAUGUUUUUCGAUACUUUAGGACCUCAAGAUGAUAAUAGCAUUGGAUUGGGAAGGAGCCCGGAGGCUUCAGAUGCUGACUAUGGAGACAUGCAGAAGAGUAACAUGGACGAGGACUCCCGGCAGGAAUACUACAGCGCAGAGCUGGAGUACAUAAGUGCACACUUGUCAUUCGACCCAUCGAAGACAGUGAGCAGGUCCAGUCUGGGUGUCAGUGAGUUGAAAACAUCAAGCCAUGGCUUUAAAUGUGGUGGCAAUUUAGAAGAUAAUCACCGUAAAUUAGAGAGUGGUCCUAGCCCCUCUUUGGAGUCACUCAAUGGUUUUGCACAAGAAUGUUCACCUCAGGUCUCUAUAUCUCAGAGUUCUGAUACGUUAAAAGGAUACCAUGAGCCAAAAUAUGAAAAAUACAAGGAACAAGAGGUUGGCUUAACAUAUCAUAAAGCAUUCGAUGAUGUUUUACAGAAAAGCAGUUCUCCCUUUAACCCUCAGAAAGUACCUGAAACUCAAGUGUAUACUAAAGAAAUGAAAUCUCAGACAAUUGAAAGUAAAAACUUUUAUGGAAAUAGAAUUUUCCAGAACAAAGCAUCACAGCACCCUGAGAAUGCAACCAUGUUUCCCCAAGAGCAAGCCCUCGAGACACACUUGAAGGUCAACGGUGCUCACCAGCCUUCUGGGCCUUACAUUCUAGAUGACUCAGUCCUUUCUCUCUGUGGCUCUUUGCAAUACAAAAGCCUCCCUGAGCCAGGCUUUUUCACUCCUGUGAUGCCAAUACCACCACGGGUGGCAGUCACAGAAAAUCAGGCAGAAGUAGAAGGCAGCCGCCUACACCAUGUACAAGGCAGUGCCACAAAUAAAACAUGCUCUCUGAUGAAAGAAAUGUGUCUUAAGUCAGUGCCAGAUGCAGCGACAUGUGUAGCUGCAGUUCAGCAGACACUGGAUGUGAGCAGCAGAGCAAAUGCAAGCUCUUCUGUAGUGUCUGCAUCAAGCAACACAGAGACAAAAAUGGUGAGGCAGAGUCAACCUGAGGAGUGGCAAAGUGACAAACGAAGCGUGGCCUGUAACACCGACUGGUCAUGUGGACAGCAGUUCAGAGAUGCGCAGGCGCCUGCCCCAGGAAGUGAGUCAGGAAGGCGACUCUCAACUGGUUGCUUAAAGCCUAGUGGGAACUCCCUGAAUGAGAACUUCUUGGAAUUAAGAAAAAUAUUUGAUACCACAGACAGACAGAAACAUCCCGAGAGGGCAUUUCAGCUUUGGGAAGAGAAGACGUUGCCGUCAAAGUGCUGUGAGAAGACCACUGAGAGGGCCGUGAAGGCGGAGAUGCAUCUUCUGGACGUUUGCUACCAGAUGUGCCAUCACCACUGUCACCACAUUUACAAACUUGUAAUGGAAAAAAGAGCGGGACUCAAUAGGAAUUUACCAACUGACUCUGCUAAGAAGGAGUUAGGCUCAGCACUGCAGUCUGUCCUGGGCGACUUGAAAGUUAGGUACAUGAACUUGAAAGAAAAAGUCCGCACGGGCACACCACUGGAAGAGCUGCCUCCAUUGUCGGUAGAGGCCAGACUCUUAUCUGCCUUCUCUGAUUUUGCUUCUGGGCUAAUGAAAGAAGAAGCUUGCAGCCUUUCAGGAUCAAAUUCUGAGCUAGAUAAUCAGAGUCUACCUGAUGUUGAUGUUUCUCCAAGCCUACUAAAGACAUUGUCCCAGAUGUCUUUUAUAUCUGACAAUAGCCAUCCUAAGCAAGAUAAACCACCCAUGAACAAUGUUUUUAAAAAGGGUGAUAUAAACACGGGCUUUAAUCACCCGAAGCUCAACAACAAAGAGUGUAAAACCAUCCACGAAGCAAGUGAAGACUGGUUUGAUGCCACAGAGAGGCUGACUGGAGCUGACUUCUCAGUAACUCAAGAAAACACAGCAGAAUAUGAGGAAUGGGAGCCAAAGAAUUCAUUAGAAUUGAAGAAUACUGAACUGCUUCGAAGAAGUAAAGGCUUUUUGGUACAUGUUGGUGGUCUUUGCCCUUCUGUAUCGGAGUCUGAUCUAAGGUCUCAUUUCCAGAAAUACCAAGUUUCUGAAAUUUCAAUUUAUGAUUCUCCUACUAAUUACAGAUAUGCAUCUCUUGCUUUUGUAAAAAACAGUAAUGCAAAGAUGGCUGUGAAGGAAAUGAAUGGAGUUGAAAUCAAUGGAAAGUCUGUGAACGUGCGGCUUGUGAAAAUCCCUGGAGAGCACAUACCACCAUCUCUGUCCACAACCGGGAAUAGCACUAGUAUGAGUCAUUUGGAGAAAAAUACCAACAAAGAUGCCACCUCUGCUUCUUCCACUUGUAGACUGCCCAGAGCUAGAUCAAGGCAGCUGGAGUCUGAGCAAGACAGUGAGUUUCCUCCCUUGGACCAGGGUGUCAAGAAAAAUUGUACCCAGAUCAAAUCUGGUCAGUUAUUACCUGAGACACCUUUUCAGUUCAUACCUCCAAAUACAUUAAACCUUCGUAGCUUCACCAAGAUCAUGAAGAGACUGACUGAACUGCAUCCAGACAUCAGCAGAGACCACAUUAUAGAGGCUCUUCAGGAAGUGAGGAUAAAUCACAAAGGCUUUCUGAAUGGUUUGUCCAUCAAUACCAUUGUAAAAAUGACUUCAUCUUUUCUGAGAAACUCUGCUUCCCGUUGAAAUAAAUGAAGCAAUACAGAGAAAAUCUUUGGAAAGUAUGAGUACCCUUCAUCAGAGAAAGUUCUACCUCAAUUAGGAGAAAGCCGUGAUAAUACGAUCAGACAGCUCUAUAAUUGGACUUAACACCUGAAGUAUUCUACCUGAUAGUCCUCCUUUAAAACCUGGUGACAACAGACAUGUAGUAUUAAAAUCUGUAUGCAUGUUUUAUUAUGUUAAAAACUUUAUUUCAAAAUUAUCACUCAAGACUUCAAGCUGUGUAUUUUGAAUCAGAAAAAAAAUGUGGUUAUGUUCAUUUAUAAAUCAUCAUUAAUAAGUCCAUUUGAAAAAUACUGUCCAGAAAAAAAAGUUUAUUGCUACUGUUUCAAAGUUCACUACACAUGUAAAAAUUAUGUGAAGUUUUUACAGAAGUCGUAUGUGAACAUGGAAUUCACAAGUCCUACAUGAACAUGGAAUUGCUAUGGAGCUUACACUGUAGCUUCAGCUUUUCACACUCAGAUUGGAGCACAGGGUUCAGACCAUCGCUGUUGAGAGCACACCGGGAUGAGCAGGCUGUGCUGCAUGAGUGUUCUCUGGCAGCAGAGUAAGGUAUUCAGGGCUGUUUUCCCAGCUGUGCUGUGCAAGGUGCUGAAGCAUAACAGGCCAUGUUCUGGCCUGCGUUUUACUAUGGGUUUUAUUGUACUAGACUCUAAACUGAAUGUGCUUCUCUAUCUCAGCAAUAUGGAAUGUAGGCUUAAUACUCUGUUCCCUUUCUAAAAGUAGCUAAUACACUGGUUAAAGCUGUAUUGGUACUGAUGAUAACCUUAACAUUUAGUACUUUUCAAAUGUUUAAAAUGCUUCAUUGUUCUUGUCUGAUUAAAA